GGGGUGGAUGAAUGAAUACGAAGACGGUCUUACGCACUUGGACAGUAUUAACGUCAUAGCUUAUUACAUAAAGAAACUUCCUGGGACCGAAGGUAAUAUAUCGGUUAUCACUCUAAGUUGUUGGAUGGGUUUUUUGCCCCCUCUGAGAUUUAAUGCUUCCAAUGCAGGACCUUAAAAUUAUUAUCAUCACUGUAUGUUUACUGGAUUACUUGGUGUGAGGAGAUGAUGGUGAGAAAACUGAAUGGGUUUUUAACAAUUUUUAUUUUAUUUAUUUUUUGGUUAGUCAGGAUCUGCUGUAAUUCUUGGUCUCAGUUGUUGAGAGUAUUGAAUACAGUUGUGAAAGCUGAGCUCCUGCUUGGCGUGUAAGAACAAAAGGCUGUUAGAACGAGACAAGGCGUGCUUCACUAAGCUACGUGUUUACAUGCUGAUUUGCUGACCAAAGGUCCCCUCCCAAGACACUAAAAUUGAAAAUGUCUGUGUAUUUCUGUUUUCACUUCACAAGCUUUGCAAAAACCAACUCCAGGACAUGCAGUGGUGCAAAUGGGCCGGCAAAUGGAAAUCUCACCUGCCAGGACAGUCCACAGGAGCACAGGAAGAGGAUGCUUGUGAUUUCCUAUUUAAAAUUAUCUUCAUUGGAGACAGCAACGUGGGAAAAACAUGCAUCAUCCACAGCUUCCAGUCUGGAGAGUUCAGAGACCAGCAGCAUAACACUAUUGGUGUAGACUUCACUGUGCAUACCAUGGAUAUAGACGGCAAGAGGGUGAAGAUGCAGAUAUGGGACACAGCAGGCCAGGAGCGUUUCCGCACCAUCACACAGAAUUACUACCGCAGUGCCCAUGGGGCUAUGAUCGCCUAUGACCUGACACGCCGUUCCACCUUUGACUCACUACCUCACUGGAUACAUGCAGUAGAACAGUAUGGAGUUGCCAAUGUAGUCUUUGUACUCAUAGGUAAUAAGUGUGACCUGCAGCCUCACCGACAGGUGUUGUUUGAGGAUGCCUGCACUCUGGCUGAACAGAAAGGUGCACUGGCUGCUCUGGAGACAUCUGCUAAGGAGAACCAUAACGUACAAGAAGCCUUUGAGCUAAUGGCACGGGAGCUGAUCGUACGAAAUGGAGGCAUAGUCCCACAGGAAGCCCUGUCAGAUUCCCCAAAUCUCCUUCUAUACUCUGAGACUCACCCAAUCGAAGAAGUGGAGUCCCUAGAAAAGAAGUCUUGUGACUGCUGAAAUAUUGGGUUUUAAUUAAAGGAAUGGUGUUCUUUCAGAGAUGCCUUUAAGACUUCUAAAACAUUCUCCAAGCCCAAACAUUAACCACAUUAAUACAAGGGUUCAGAGGAGAAACAGCAACACACACACUCCAUUUUCAAACACUUAUUACAUGCGGUCACAUGUAUACAGCAAACGGGGGCAUGUAUGUAUGUAUUGUGUGCAAUAUGAUAGUUUAACAAAUUGUAACUUAUAAAUUAACUUAAACUGUGUUCUUUUCCCAUGUUAAUGAGAAAUAAAGUGGAGAAAUUAA